CGACGAGCAUCUCUGCCGUCCUGCCAGACUAGACUACAGUAAUCAUCACUGCCCCCGGAUCUGCGAAAAAAAUACACAGGGACUUCUCUGGAAAAGGCAGAGUUCAUCAAUGUAACUCCGGUCAAUCCGAAGCGGCGCCGUUUACCUGGAUAAGUCCAUUCCAAGGAGAAGAGACAGAAAGAGAGAGAAGAAAGACAGAGACAAACGCGAGUGGAGUGUCGACGUAAAAUUGUGAAGGAAAAGAGAAGAAUAUGAUUGUCAAGCAGCACUUGAUCUUCAUCCUUUACAGCCUCUGUGCAAGCGUCUUUAAAGUGGCUGGGACAAAAAGCAAAGCGAAAGGUAGCCAAGGUCAGUUCCCCAUAACUCAGAAUGUGACGGUGGUGGAGGGGGGCACAGCCAACAUGACCUGUCGUGUGGAUUUCAAUGAUAACACUUCCCUCCAGUGGUCAAACCCUGCACAACAGACCCUGUUCUUUGGGGACAAGAAAGCUCUGAGGGACCACAGAAUUGAGCUGGUGCGAGCCUCGUCGCAGGAGCUCACUAUCAGAAUCAGUGACGUCAGCCUGUCAGACGAGGGUCAGUACACCUGCUCGCUCUUCACCAUGCCUGUCAAGACCACCAAGGCCUUUCUCACUGUUCUGGGAGUGCCAGGACGGCCAGAGAUCACAGGAUUUACCAAGCCUGCCAUGGAGGGGGACGUAAUCACCCUGACAUGCACCACACCGGGCAGCAAACCAGCAGCCAAUAUCCGGUGGUUCCGCAAUGAUAUGGAGGUCCAAGGCACUAAGGAGGUGAAUGCCACAGGAAAAUCAUUCACAGUGAAAAGUAGCCUCCAGUUCCAAGUGGACAGACGGGACGAUAACGUCGCCUACACCUGCAGUGUGGAGCAUGUGUCUCUGUCAAACCCCUACAUGACAACUGAGGUCCUGGAGGUCCACUAUGCUCCUCAUCUGGAGAUCAAAAAUUCAUUGAUGAUCCCACAGGAAGGGCAAUACUUCAAACUGGAGUGUGAGUCUAUAGGCAACCCCAUACCGGAACCAGUGCUGUGGUCUAAAGAUGGAGGAGAGCUGCCAGACAUCGAGCGUAUGAUUGUGGAGGGCAGGGAACUAACCAUCACCACACUAAAUAAAACAGACAAUGGCACAUACCGCUGCGAGGCCAGCAACCACCUGGGGACCGGCAGUGCUGAAUAUAUACUGUUUGUAUAUGCCAAAGACUUUCCAGGGCCCACAACAGAUCCUAAUGCUUUAGGACAACAUGGACCUGACCAUGCUUUAAUCGGCGGUGUUGUUGCAGUGGUGGUCUUCAUCACCUUGUGUCUGAUAAUAGUUCUUGGACGAUAUCUGGCCAGACAUAAAGGGACAUAUCUAACACACGAGGCCAAAGGUGCAGAGGAUGCCCCCGAUGCAGACACAGCCAUCAUCAAUGCUGAAGGAAACCAUGUGCAUGCAGAGGAAAAGAAAGAGUACUUCAUUUAGAAUUCAGUUACUCUUUUCCUUCGUUUCAUAACAACUUUUGACAGCAGACGUGCAAUUUUAAGCUGUCUCAGCGUCACCACAUGGUCUGUUUUACUUUACUUAUUAUUUUUUUGUCUUUUCCAGAAAGCUCAUGCUUGGAUAUGCUUGUUUUCAGAGCAUCCGCUGACGAUAUAGCCUUCUCCUUUUGUAACCAAUGUAUUAUUGGAUUAUUUCCAUUUCAGU